ACAGGCGCCAGCAGCGACACCAUCCCUCUACCUACCAAACUGAGAUGCAUUCCUAACCCUCAGUGCUUGUGUGACGGGUGGUGGGGGUGACGAAGAUGGAUGAGGAUUUCCUGAGCAGUACCCUGACUGCCUCUGAAUCAGACCUGUCCUCGUCUUCUUUCUUGACAUUGGAGGCGAAGGCAGCCUUCAUCUUUGUCCUCAUUCUCUUCCUCGUCCUGGGUCUCCUGAUCGUACGCUGCUUCCGUAUCUUACUCGACCCUUACCGCAGCAUGCCCUCCUCUACCUGGACUGACUACAUGGAGAAGGACACCUUUGAUUACCGUAUUGCCUGAGGGGUCCUUCCUUAUCAAGGCUUCUGCACUGCAUUGCCUGAGGGGCUGGUGACCAGAGCGGUUGCAUUGCCAAAGAAACAUCCAAGAGAACUAACUAAGAGAACUUCCACGUGUCCGGAUUCAGCACGAUGAAAAACCUUUGCUUGAGGAGCUCUACUAUGAGGCAGGGACGACGGCAGUGGGAGGUUCUUCACCUCUGCCACAGGGGGAUCACAGUGUUUCCUAAGCCCUUAAACAUUUCAGAUAUACUGUAAUGCCAGAGGGGUCCUUCACUGGGGCUACAAGGGUAGCUGGUGUAUUGCCCGAGGGACAGUCUACAGUAACUGAAAUAGAAAAUCUGUUUUCCUCUUAAAGGAACAGGGGGAGCCUGUCAUCUCCUGAAGCAAGCGAUAUAACUGGUCCAGUGACUGAGCACAGCUUAAUCAUUAGAGAAGUCCAUCUUUUUGUACACAGGCCUUUCAGAUUUGUGUUCUAAAAUGGCCUAGGUUGACUGUACUUAUUCAGUCAGUCACACACACAGUCAGUCAGUCAGUCA